AUUCACCAAAUGGAUGUGAAAACUGCGUUCUUGUAUGGCGAGUUGGAAGAUGAAAUAUAUAUGAAGCAACCUGAAGGGUUUGUAGUACCUGGGCAAGAGCACAAAGUAUGCAAACUUCAAAGGUCUUUAUAUGGGUUGAAGCAAGCACCGCUUCAAUGGCAUUUAAAAUUUGACAGUGUAAUGUUGUCAAAUGGAUUCAGAAUCAAUGAGUGCGAUAAAUGUGUCUACAUUAAGAAUUCUAAUAACGGAUAUGUUAUUGUUUGUCUUUAUGUAGAUGACAUGCUCAUCAUGGGAAGUAAUUUCCGAGUGAUUCAAGAAACCAAAGGCAUGCUAAGUAAAAAUUUUAGCAUGAAAGAUAUGGGCUUAGCUGAUGUUAUCCUUGGAAUUAAAAUUCUAAGAAGACCUGAUGGUAUUACUAUAACACAAUCUCACUACGUUGAGAAAGUGUUAAAGAAAUUCAACGCUUUUGACAAGCCAAUAGCUAAGACACCAUGGGAACCUAGUGUGCAUUUGAGUGUACACAAGGGAGAACCUGUUGACGCGAUAGAAUAUGCGAAGAUUAUUGGGAGCUUGUUGUAUCUAACAAAUUGCACUCGUCCCGAUAUAGCAUGCUCGGUCAACAAGUUGGGCAGCUUUACAGCUAACCCUAGUAAUGAACAUUGGAAAUCUCUUGAAAGGGUUUUGAGAUAUUUGAAAUAUACUCAAAACUAUGCGAUUCAUUAUACUAGGGAACCCUCUGUACUUGAAGGGUACUGUGAUGCAAAUUGGAUAUCUGAUGCCAAAGACUCGUUUUCAACGAGCGGUUAUGUAUUCACUGUGGGGGGUGGUGCUGUGUCUUGGAAAUCCAAGAAGCAAACAUGCCGCUUCUUCAGCUGCUUUCGAGCCCCAGAGGAUCCGAAAACUGUCUCAUCAAAUCAUGAUGAUGAAGAGAUGAACUUGUUUCAAGAUGUGCAAAAUGUGAUACAAGAAAUGGAUGAUAUCAAGAGUUUGGCGAUGCAGACCAACACAGAGAAGGUGGAGCACCAUGAUAAGCGGCGUAGCUUCGUCUCUGCUCCUUCUUCCACUGGGAAGAACAGUAGUGGCACGGCGGAGUGGUCCGAGGGUCUCGUGAAUGGAAUCUUGGGAAAGCUCGUUGCGGACCAACGAGAACGCCAAGUCAUCCCGAUCACAGGAAUGGGCGGGAUAGGUAAGACCACUCUUGCCAAAACUGUUUAUUCGAAGCCAAUUAUUGAGCAACGUUUUGAUAUUCGUGCAUGGGCUACUAUUUCUCAACAAUACAACACAAGAGAAAUUCUUUGUGAACUUGUUUCUCAAGCCACUAAACAAAGCAAGGAACAGUUGAGUGAAAGGAGUGAAGAUGAACUAGGAUUAGAUCUCCACAAGCAUUUGUCAGGUAGAAGGUUUCUAAUUGUGAUGGAUGAUAUAUGGAGUAUCGAUGCAUGGGAUAGGAUACAACGUUUCUUUCCUGAUAAUGAAGAGUGUAGUCGGAUAUUAGUGACGACUAGGCUAUCACAGUUGAGUUCCCAAUUGAACAACAAUUAUAUUCAAAUGAAAUUUUUAGAUGAGGUUUUAAGUUGGAAACUUUUCUCAAAAAUUGUUUUUGGGGCUGGACGUUGCCCUCGCGAGUUAGAGGAAAUUGGAAAGAAAAUUGUAGAGAAUUGCAAAGGACUUCCUUUAUCAAUUGUUGUAGUGGGAGGUAUUUUGAAAAAUAAGAAACACACUCUAGGAAGUUGGGAAUCAAUUAGGAAGAACUUAGCUUCAGUAGUGAAUUUGGAGAAUGAUAAGCAUUGCUUGAAAGUGCUGAAAAUGAGCUAUAAUCAUUUGCCAGUUUAUUUGAAGCCAUGUUUUUUGUAUAUGGGAGUGUUUGAGGAGGAUGAUUCGGUUAAAGUCUCAACACUCGUGAAGCUAUGGGUUUCGGAAGGAUUUCUGAAGCCAGAGAAUGGAAAAAGUUUGGAAACUAUUGCCAUAGAGAUCUUAAAGGACUUGGUUGAUAGAAAUCUCAUUCUAGUUAGUGAAGAGGGGUCCACUGGAAACAUAAAAUUAGUCAAAAUUCAUGAUUUGUUGAGGGAUUUAUGCUUAAAUGAGGGCAAGAGAGAUGGGUUCUAUCACGUGAUAGGGCAAUCUAGUCCUCGAGGGAGAAGUAGCCAACGCCGCAUUGUUAUACCUAGGAACACUCCCGAUGAGAAAAUCCUUGAUGACUUGCAAUCUAUGCCACGUGCUCGUUCCGUUAUCAGUGAAUAUAGGGAAGUCCAGGGGAGUAUGAACUCUGAAUUGCUUAGAACAUUACAUGCAUGCAAGAGUCCAUACAUUGAUCCUUUCCUUGUGUCUCAGUGUGUUAACUUGCGCCACCUAGCCGUUCGAAUUGGUAGCAUGUCCUCGAUCUUUUCCUCGUUCAGCCGACUCUGGAAUCUACACACAUUGAUCGUUUCUUGUACGGAGCAGUCCACUGCGCCUGCUGAGAUUUGGAGAAUGCCUCAACUUAGGCAUAUUAAAAUGACUGAAAGAAGUUUUUGUCUUCCAGAACCUUCGAGUGAUGAUGUCGUCGUUAUGGAGAGUUUACUGGUGCUUGAGCGAGUGCGUAAUUUCAAGUGCAGUGAAGAGGUGGUCAAGAGAAUUCCCAAUAUCAAGAAACUGGGGAUGCAGUAUUUUGGGAGCGAGGGGAUCGAGCACGACGAUUAUUAUUGUCUGAGCAAUAUCAAACGUCUGUGUAAAUUGGAAUCCCUCUACAUAUCGUGUUGGCCUGAUUUUAGAGCUUCUUUGUAUGUGCUCACAUUCCCCCAAAGCCUCAAGAAGUUGACUCUUUCCAUGAAUGGUGGCUUUGAGUGGGAAAAGAUGUUGGGAAAGAUAGGUGCAUUGCCCCUUCUCGAGAAGUUCAAAUUGUGGAUGGGAUGCUUUAAAACAGGCAAGUGGGAAAUGGUUGAAGGCCAAUUCCCUUGCCUCAAAUACUUGGGAUUGUAUUCGUGUCCUAGUCUGGAGUAUUGGACUGCGGAAGCGAGCUCCAUCUUUCCACGUCUUGAGAAGCUUCAGCUUUUUGAUAUGGAAGCGUUGAAGGAGAUCCCGUUUGAAAUUGGAGAAUUACCUAACCUGCAAAAGAUAUGGAUGAGAGAUUGUGGUGAAUCAUCAGUGAGGUGUGCCAAGGAGAUUGUUGAGGAACAAGUGGAAUCACAAGGGGAAGAUCUUCCAUUUCAUGUUGAAGUUUGGUUUUCGAGUAAGAACGAAGCAAUGCAGAGCUUGGCAGGUCCCAACUUUGAAGUUUCUUGUGUUUUGAGGGAAAAUUACAAUCUUUAUAAGAGGUACCUAAGUUUGAUGUUAUCUGAGAGCUAG